GUAUGGUUCUUUUUAGCAUAGUCAGCUUUGUUGUCUUCUGAGCUGAGUGUCUGUGUUUCUCUGCAGUAAUAAUGUCUUCAUCUCAGUCUCUGAGAGAGUUUAUCAGGGAGCGACUGACCGCUGCUGCUGAAGAAAUAUUCACAGAGUUUGAUAAAACCAUCGUCCACUACCAGGAAGAGCUGGACCGUCAGCGCAGACUGCUGGAAAUCAGCUUGAAACCCCAGAUAAACCUGCAGAGAAUAGCUUGUCCAGACCUCCCACAGCAUUGCACCUGAAGGGAGCUGACCAGCAGUUCUGAAAACUGAGGAACUGCAUUUUGGACCCAGAGGAACCUAGACCUCAACAGAUAAUGGAGAAUUAUGGCAAAGCAGAGCAUCCAUGGAUAAAGGGGAAAAAGGACAUUUUAGAUCCUCUGUUGAUGAAAGAGAAUUGUGGAGAACCAGAUCCUCUAUGUAUGAAAGAGGAACAAGAGAAACCAGAAUCACAAAGGAAAAACGAAGAAGAAAAACAAGUUCAGCAGAUGAAAGAGAAGGCAGAACCCAAACCUCCCCAGAUAAACGACGACUAUGAAAAAUCAAGUUCUCUACAGAUGAAGAAUGAAGACCAGGAACUAGAUUCUCCCAAGAUAAAGGAUGAACAGGGGGGAGCAGAUCCUCUACAGACAAAGGUUGAACAUGAAGAAGCAGAUUCUCCACAGAUAAAGGAUGAACAGGGGGGAGCAGAUCCUCUACAGACAAAGGUUGAACAUGAAGAAGCAGAUUCUCCACAGAUAAAGGAUGAACAGGAGGAACUCUGUAUAGGACUCGAGAAAGAGCAGCUUGUAAUAAAACAGCAGACUGAUACUUGUACAGUAAUUACCACUUAUCAGGAAAGGGACUUCUGGGAACCAGAUGGAAACGGGGAACUUCUUGUCCAGAUCCCUUCUGAACCCGAAAACCAAAAUCAGAAAAUGAGCAACCCAGGAUUGAGUAGCAUUGAGGAACUGAGUCAAAAUAAGAGGCAUAGGAGAACCAGAGGCGACAAUGUAGAUGAUUCCAACUCAAAACAACAGACACAAACACACAUGAAUGAUGAUUUGUCUUUUUGUAAAGUUUGCGGUAAGUUAUUUGCUCGGACUUAUUUGACAGAACACAUGAGAAUUCACACAGGCGAGAGGCUUUUUUCAUGUAAGACCUGUGGAAAAAAAUUUAUUACUGGAAGUAAGUUGAAAAUUCACAUUAGAACUCACACCGGUGAGAGGCCUUUUUCAUGUUUGACCUGUGGAAAAAGUUUUAGUGAUAGAGGAAAUUUAUCUAAGCACAUAAAAACUCAUUCCGGUGAGAGGCCUUUUUCAUGUUUGAUGUGUGGGAAAGAUUUUACAAAUAGGGGGAAUUUAUUUCAGCAUGCAAGAACUCAUACAGGUGAGAAGCCUUUCUCAUGUUUGACCUGUGGAAAAGGUUUUACCCAGCAAAUUCACUUGAAUGACCACAUGAGAAUUCACACAGGUGAGAAGCCCUUCUCAUGUACAAACUGUGGAAAAAGUUUCAGCGAAAGAGGAAAUUUGUUUCAGCACAUGAGAACCCAUUCAAAUGAGAAGCCUUUCUCAUGUUUGACUUGUGGAAGAAGUUUUACUCAGCAAAUUCACUUGAGUGAUCACAUGAAAAUUCACACGGGUGAAAAGCCUUUUGCAUGUCUGAACUGUGGAAAAAGUUUCCGUCGAAGCAGUCAUUUGACCGUUCAUAUGAGAACUCACCCAGGUUAGAAGUUGUAAUCAUGUGAAACUUAUGGUUUAUGUUCUUAGAAUUGCGGCUUGACUGAUCGCAUGGAAACUCACCAAGGUGAGCAAGUUUAUCCUGUGAAUCCUAUAAAUCACAGGAUAUAUUUUUGAAAACUGAGUUACAUGAGAACUUAAAAAUGAGAAGUUUGACGUGCACUCCUUGGAUUUGACCUUUAACCAACAGCUACAGGUUUUCUCCAGGCUUCGAUCAAAAUGUCCUUGUCAGAUCUAAUCCUUAUCAGCUGAGGCAGAGGGUGUCCAGAAAUCCUAAAGAUAUAAAUAACCACAUGACCUCAUGGGUGAUUGUUAUAUAUAUAUAUAUAUAUAUAUA